ACUAGUCGACCGAGUGAGUUUGCCGACGUCGGUCGAGCUGACGUUGCCCCCCUCGACGAAAUCGAACCGAUUGACAUUUUGUUUGUUAUUAGUCCUUGGGGGGUGAUCAGGGGGAUACACCGGUGGAGCCGCCGAGGAGAGGAUAAUGCCGGUGAUAGAAUGCCGUAUGAACCUGCUAGACUCCUGCCACAUGCAGACACGGGCAAAAAUGCGGACUCUUGGCAAUUCCUCGACUGUUCCCUAGACCGAAAAACCGACGGGAGAAAUUCCAGCGAAGAAAAUGACGGCAGAACGAGGAGAAAAAGAAAGUGAUGAGUGAUAAGUGAUGAUCUAAACAUUUUCCAUAUUUUUUUCGAUUCACCUCACGUCUCGUCUCGUCUCCGAAGUCAGAAAAAAAAAUACCGGAUAAUUAUUUCGCUCAGUGAUGUAUCAAAAAUGAGUACGAGUGGUUAAUUAACUCGGAUAAUUAUUUACGGGUAUUCCAUUUCGACGGAGACUCUGGAAGUGAAGCGAGGGCUGUUACCAGCGGUGCCUUUGUAUUCAUUUCCAGCGAGUGCUAUCGAGAAACUCCAUUUUAUUGGUAAUUUCGGAAAGACCCCAUUGAAAGCCGGAAAUUGGUCAUUUACUCGUGGGAAUGGAAACUCGGUGAUUCAUAUAUCUCGAGGAUUCGGGAAAAAAUACUGUUUCCAUCGAGAGGACGAUACUGGAGGACUCUCCGGGCGCAAUGAAGCUCGGGGAUAACAGGACAACUGUCAAAGCGUGCAACCUAUGGGGAGAUGUUUGUCAACGGAAAACCCGCCCACCGCGAAUUGGAGAAAUACCGAGACACGUAGCAGUCGACGAAGAGUCCCCAGGCUCCUCCUGCCGACGUUUACCAUCGGUAUCGUCGGAGGUGAGCUGCCCCCAUCAGGAUAUAUCCCCAGGAUCUCCUGGGAGCACUGGUCUCUACGUCACUGGUGAUCAUCGGUCUCUGAGCACAAGUCAUUCUCCACCUGAGGACAUUUCUAAAAACUCAAGAAGGGUGACUGCUGGUGCUACAGCACCCGAGAGAAUCGUCAGUGUUGAUAAACGACUGCUGGGUGUGUCAGACUGCCAACAAAUCACUUGGUUACCUGGCAGUGCUGGUGUGCCGGAGGUGUCAAAUGCCAGUAACCAGAGAAGUGUUAUUUCCACGAUUCUAUCUGUGAGGGACAAAUUGUCAGGUAGCAUUGGUACCCUGGGGGAACUAGGGAGUGUUGAGGGAGUGAAUACAAAAAUAAAUUGGAGAUCCUACUUUCGAGACAGCUCCCACCGAGAUUCAGCAUCAAAUUCGAUAGAUAUCGAUAACCCCCCGGAGGCUGACGUAGAUUCGAGGAAGGACAGUGCUGUCUGCCUGGAUGAGGACGAAGUUCUCCCUCUGACAGCAUCACGGAGGCUCCCCAGAGUGUCCACCACCUCCUUCAAGGACAAUGAGAGCCUCGACGAGGAUCCAACUCGUCGUAAACUGCUAGGAAAGUACCAGCGACCGAGACGAGAGAGCAGCGGUUACUCCAGCAACUUGAGUACCUUCGAUGAGGACAGAAGGAGCUCGACAACUGAUGCCCUUCAAGGCCUGUCAUGUCUGCGUGAACGACGAAGAUCCUCGACGAAGCGAUUCACCAGAUUUGGGAGGGACGACGAGAUCGAUAGAAUGCCAACAACAGAGAUCUAUCGUAAGGUCUCCAGUGCUGGUAUCGAGAUGCCAAAUAUCGAGGAGCUCAAGGAGAUUCGGGACACAUUCCAGGAGGAUCUCAAGGGCCCGACUAAACUCGACGCAUUUCCGGAUAUACAAGUGACGAGAGAGCGACGGAGAUCAGCGAAAAAAUCGAUAUUCGAUAAGUUUGAUGACAGCGAUACGGAGAUGUGCAAACGAAUCAGUGGUAUUGCCGUGGAGAUGCCGAAUAUCAAUGAGGACGUUGAGCUGAAUGAGGUUGACAGGAGGAGGCACCCGGGGGAGACGAGAGAGCUCACCAGCAGACCCUCGAAGACGACCCUGAUCGGGAAUAAAGUUGUAGAGGAUCGAUCCGCUGGAGAUGUCUCGAAAAACAGCUCCGCGAUGCUGGAACAUCCGACGUCGACGUCACCUCAGGUCGUGGAGGCUCCAAAACUUCGAGAGGAGCUGCGGGGGGAGACUGGGGGGACGCUGGAGGGCCAGAAGACGCCGGAAGGAAGUCGGAGGAAGCUGACAGUGAGAUCGGAGAGUGCUAGGCAUCCGGAGGAGCUGGCAGGGAGUCUGAUACGAGGUCAGAGGAAGCGAGUUGUCCAUCAAUUCAGUUCUCCAUGCUCCUCAAGCCUGGAGCUGGAGAGGAUCCUGGAGAAGCCAUCCGAACAUGUGCCGUUGGAGACGACUGGGCAGGGUACGAUAAUCGUCGUCAACGCUGUGCGAACACCUUCGUCGGAAGAGCAAAAUGAAGAUGAGUCGGAAAGUCCUGAGGAGGACCAGAAGACCCAGACGACCCAGAAGGUCCUCCCCAAAUCUAUUAAAGUGUAUCAGCUCCUGUCGACGCAGUCCGAGGACCGGGGGGACGGUGAACCGAGGUUGAUGGAUCGACGUAUCUCUCUGCAGAUAACUAGACAAGAGGAUGAAUCACCGUCGGGGAGUCUGGCAUCGCCAGAGGACAAGAGGCUUCUGCAUGCUGACAGUGUUCCUCUUCUGAAAAUUCCUGCUGUCCAGGAGCAGGGGGUGAGCGAUGUCCCGGGGGUGGAUGUGAGGGGAUUGUCACCGGUGAGAAAGGUAUCAUCACCUGGUGAAGUAGGCAUGACGCAGAGAUUGCUCGGGGACAAUAGAAACGUUGGGAUCAGACCUAUCUACCCUUACUGCCCCUAUUCACCGUAUGGUAGUCCACAGGGAUCACCAAGAACAAGGAGACGACCCCUGCGGGAGAGUAGGCGGGUUUCCAUAGACAAUAGACAGGGUGCACUGCAACUGAAUCAAUACAAGUUGCUUGACACUAUAGGACAGGGAUCGUUUGGGAUUGUUAAACUUGCGUACAACGAGGAGGACGAGAGUCAUUAUGCCAUGAAAAUACUGAGUAAAAAAAAAUUAAUGAAAAAAGCUGGAAUAUUUGGUCGUAUGGCACCUGGAAGAAAGGGGGCAUCCAAUCCACUUGCCAAAGUUUACCGUGAGAUAGCAUUGUUGAAGAAGUUGGAUCAUCCAAAUGUGGUGAAACUUGUUGAGGUGUUGGACGACCCCGACGAGGAUAAUUUGUAUUUGGUGUUCGAGUUUGUGCAGAAGGGCGAAGUACUGCAGUUGCCAACGGAUAAGCCCCUGGAUGAGGAAACUGCCAGAACGAAUUUUCGUGAUGUGGUUAUGGGAGUGGAAUACUUGCAUUACCAGAGAAUUGUUCAUCGCGAUAUAAAGCCCAGUAACUUACUGGUUGACAGUGAGGGCCGUGUGAAGGUCGCGGACUUGGGUGUCAGUGCGGAAUUGAGGGCAUCCGGUGAACUUCUGUCUGGCUCAGCUGGUACACCAGCAUUCGCUGCCCCUGAAACCACAACCCCAGGUGCUCAAUAUUCCGGAACGCUGUGUGACGUCUGGUCAAUGGGAGUCACCCUGUACUCCCUCGUAACCGGAAGAGUACCCUGGGACGGAUCCGGAAGUAUAAUAGGUGUCCAAGCCGCUGUUCGGUCCGAGCCCUUGCGUUAUCCCGAUAAGCCCGUGUUAUCGGACGAUUUACGUGACUUGCUGUCGCACAUGCUUGCCAAGGAUCCGGCAAUGAGGCUUCCAUUGGACGCCAUUAAGAGCCACCGGUGGCUGACCAAUCAUGGAAAUCAACCACUACCCAGCGAGGCUGACAACUGUCGACUUCCGGUUACAGUCACUGAUGAGGAAGUUGCACGAGUCGUUACUCGAGUACCAAAACUAGACACACUCAUUCUCAUCAAGACGAUGCUGAAGCAGCACAGCUUCCAGAAUCCAUUUCUACCGAGGAGGGUCGGCAAACCAACGGCGGGUGACGCUGUCCCAAGCUGUCGGAAGACUCCAGGCCCUGGGGCCAGUGAUGGGACCCAAAUGAGGGAGUCCAUGAAGACCAGAACCGAGCAAUUUCAUCGAGCUGGGAGAAGCAACUCCGCACCCGAUUCUUACGAAUGGCAGACGAAUGGAAGGCAAGUGUCUGUUGACACGUCACUGCCACCAUUGACAGAGGCCAGUGUUCAGGAGACGGAAAUUGAGAAACGGUGACCUACACCACUCUCCAUUGACUCAAAUGCCAUGAGAAAAUGAUAGGGUUAACGAAUCAGUGGGGACCAAUCAAUCGUAUCGUUGAUUGCUACAUCAACAAUUGUUCAACAAUUCGGAGGAAACGAUCAUCGCAAAUCGUUCGUACGAACCAACGAAAAAUCAUCUUCCAGGUUUACUAUAUAUCGAUUUUAGUGGUACAGUGAUAGUUGCUGGUGAGCUCGCUGUAUGGAAUGUACGUUGAGCGAGUGAAUAUGUGAUCUUAGUGAGGGAUUUAUCGUGAAAAGCCCGGAAGAGAGGAGAUUGCCGAUCUAGAGCGGAAAAAUUCGUUUACUCUUCGCGAAUAUUUGAAAGAUUAUUCUCUCACGAAUGUCGCUGGGAAGUUGAGCAAAGGGAAUUCAACUUUUUAUAGUCACGUUCAUCGAUUUUGAAGGGAAAAACAUCUCGUGGCUUUUCAUUUUUCAUUGGUUGGAGGAAAUUCAUAUGCAUGCGCGAAGGAAAAAUUUUAAUUUGCAAUUCUUGCGCGUAUAUCGAUUCUAGAGGACCAAUACUCGGAUAUUUUUCACGGUAAUUUGUCGUUAGUCGAUGGUAAAGUGUGAAUGUAAUUAUUUUGUUGCCAGUGAAUUGACAGUUAUCAUUCUUAAAUACCAAAUUAUCAAGAUAUUUAUGUCUGAACUAUUAACGCUGUCUAUUUUAGAUUUUAUCCGUGAAAUGAUUGAGAAUCAUUUCUGUUUUAUUCAAUUAUCGAGUAGAUUCCCCCUUUAUCUCGGAUAUUGAAUAAUUAUGAUUGUAAAUAUGCAAAUAUGAUCUAAUUGUUGUUAUCAGUGAUGAGCGGAUGAGAAUUGCAAACCGCAAAUUGCUGCUCAAUCGAGCAAAUCCAGGCCAGACUCCGCCUGUUCACUUAUUUUGAUUAAUUAAUUGAUCGGAGAGGGGGAGAGAGUUUUUUUAUUCUUAAAAUUAUGUAGUUAAAUGUUACGAGUUGUAAAACAAGGGGGAGGAUCAGGGUUCGUUCAUUAGAGAAUCCGAAUUGGCAGUCGGUGGUCGUUACUGAGACUUAGAGGGACCACAGAAAAUAGAGUUUAGGCAAGUUGAUGAAUAAUGUACUUUAAAAAUGAUAUUUCCGGUAUAACAAUAACUCUCUGGACGAAAUAAAUAUUCAGUUGACAUCUCUGUCCAGUUCAAGGAUUUUUUUCCCAAGAAUGAAGUGGGUUUAAUUAACAAUGAAUCAAUAGAAAUGCUUUAAAUGCAUAAAAACAUAUAGAAAGUAAUUAAUUCAUGUUAAAAUAAAUUUAAAGACGAAGAGGACUUCAUUGACGAUUUAUUUCGGACAGAGCACUCAGCGUAUCCUUUACACCCGAUAUUUCCAAUUCCUAUGACUGCGAUAUUUAAUAAUCAAAUUUAAUGCCCCACGAAGAAAAAAAAUAUGAUAUUCUUGUCACUGAAUAUUUAUGGAGUUUUCAUAUAAUGACCAAAAUAAUUACGAACCCACAGAAAAUAUUUAUCACCAGCGAAUCAAUUCCUUUCACAUUUUAUCGCUCGAACUGUGAGUGCGUCUGGGUGAAUAGCAAAAUGUUGAAAUUGAUGAUGCAACAACUCAAUUUAAAAAAUAGAGUGGCAACGAGGGUAUGCAGUGAGUGAAACUUUCAUGUGAUAGACAGGGUUAUUACCACGUAAACUUAAUUACGGGACUUAAGAUUAUAAUUAAGAAGAAAGAUUAAUCACCGAUGAAUAACUGACGUUUUGAAUAUUACUCAGUACUUAGAAUUCGCUUCAUAAAUUUUUUAUUCUCAGUGUCAGAGAGUUCGAGGAAAUUAUCGAGAGGAGUUCACACUUUGUCUAUUUAAAAAAAUAAUAAUUAGUAAUUUUUGAAAAAUGUUUCUUCAUUUUAAUGAGGCAGAAAAAAUUGUGGGAUUUCCUCUCGAUUUAUUUUCACGAAUGAAAUAAUUUUAUUAUUCUUCCAUUGUUGACUGACUUAUCGAGAUCUCAUUGCAGAUGUUAAAGUAAAUUAAUGAGGUAGAGCGUGAGAUUUCUAAGCAGUGAAUUCGGGGCCAGUGCAUUUUUUUAUGAAAAUAAAAUUCAAUUGCUUGUGGAUGAUGGCCCAAUCAUUCGGUGGGGUAAACGAUUUUAAUGGGGAUCUUGUCACUGUAGGUGAUAGCUACUUACCAAAUUAUGCACAAAAUAUUUUAUAUACGAAAUUCUAUGCACUCUGCAGAUCAAUUUCUCCUUGUGUCGAUAAAUAGUUCAUUGACUUUGAUAUGCGGUGCGCACAUUCCGCUCUUCGUGUGUCGUGAUAUAGAUGAUAGGCAGUUUUUCCGAUCUUCAAUUGAUAAUUUUUAAUCCUCAUAGCCACAUUCUACUUGAAAUUCAAUUCUUAGCACAUGACUGACAAUCAAUUUUGCAUUAUGUGAAGUAGUUGUCAAAUGAAAGCCAAAAAAUAUCAAAAGCUCACGAUAGAGGUGGUAAUUUAAUUCAUAUGUAACGUAUAGAAAGAUUUAUUAUUGUAAUUAAAAAAUUGUAAUGCAAUGGAUAUUUAAUAAUAAUUCUUCUAAAAAUUUUCCCAUCUUA